CAAAGAACCAACGAACCAUCGUUGAAUCUCAUACCAAAUCAUUUUCUCCAAUUUAAUUUAUAUAAACACUUAAUAUUUCAUCUAUCAACCCAAGUAGAUGAAGAAAUGGCGAGCUUGAGCACGAGUUUGCUCGGGAAAAGACGAAUGUCCAAGUCCAAGGCACAAGAUAAAACAAAAAACACUGUGUUGUGUAAGAUGCACCCAAAGCACAGGCAAUCACCUGGUGUAUGCUCUCUCUGUCUCCACGAGAGGCUCUCUAUCUUUAUCAAAGCAACUUCCUCUUCUUCUUAUUGUUCUUUACGUUUACGAAAAGCCCGUCACAUCAUAUACUCUUCCUCAACAACUUCUCUGUCCUCCUCAUCAACUGUCUCUUCUUGUCCUUCUCCUCUUGUGGAUCGCCGAUGCUACUUGUUGAUGGCUGGAGGCAGCGGCCGAGAAAAAAGGAGUUUAUGGAUGACGAAAAGCGGAUCAGUGGCAUAUAAAGUAGAUGAUGAGAAAAGAAAGAAGAAGGCGACGAGAAGUGGUUUCUUUUUUCGGUUUGGUGGAUUCAAGAAGAGAGAACAAGAGAGUGUUGUAGAUAAUUAGAUCUGAUGGUUAUUAUCUUUUUAUAAAUAUUUUAUCAUCUGUUCCUGGUUGUUUCAUUCGUUAUAAUUGGUAACGUAUAGAAGACUAGAGCUUAGUUUUGUAUCUUAGGCGACAUCCGAUAAAAUUUAGCAUUUUGAGAUUCUUGUAUGUAAGAAUUAGAGAAUUAGAGAAAGUUUUUCGAUGAGAUUAUGCUUGAAAUUAUCAAAGAGAAUAAGAUAGAACUGAGAGAGAGAGUUUACGGAAGAAGAAUAAGCUUUAUUCUCAUACUGAUUUAAUUGUUA